AUGUUCAGAGCUCUCUUUCUUCUCACAUUAGCCGUCUCGGCUUACGCUAAUGAGGCGGUGUACCACGCAACUUCACAAGACUACGAGGAUGCGGUGGCGUCCCAAGGUCGCAUCGUGUCCGGAUGGGAGGCCUACGAAGGCCAGUUCCCAUUUCAGCUGUCCCUUCGAAUGGUGAAUCGAUUCGGCAGAGUGACGGCUUGCGGAGCGACCCUCAUCCACAACGAGUGGAUUCUCACCGCCGCCCAUUGCCCUGCUCAGCGUGUGACCCUAGUGGUGCGUCUGGGAGCGACGGACCUGAAGACUCCUCGUAUCCUUUUAGAAACGACCGAGUACUACCUCCACCCGACAUACAUCGAAAGCGCCCCUUUCGUACAACCCAACGAUAUAAGCUUGGUGAAGUUACCCAGGCGCGUCGACUACACCCCCUUAAUCCAACCCAUUAGGAUCCAGGCGUCGGCGGACAAGAACAAGAACUACGAGGGAAUCACGCUCACGGCUUUCGGCUGGGGCAGGAACUGGACGGAGGGCGUUUCACCCGAAAUAAUGAACUGGGUGUACUUGAAAGGAGUUUCGAACGCACAAUGCAAGCUCGACUUCGGCGGAUCGUCGACUAUCGUAGAUUCUACCGUUUGCGGCAGAUACUUCAACGUCACUAGCCAGUCAGUGUGCCAGGGCGACAGCGGCGGUGGCCUCACGGUACGAGACGUCGAUGGCAAAGUGACGCAGAUCGGUAUCGCUUCCUUCGUCCAUCGAGACGGCUGCCACACGGAAAAGCCAGGAGGUUUCAUUCGCCCCGGUCAUUACCACGACUGGAUCGAGCGAGUGACGGGAAUGAACUUCGACUGGGUUCCGGAGGAAGAAGAAGAUGGAAGCGGGCUUUUCGAUGAAGGAUUCCUCUUCUAA